AUGAAACGUUCACAGGCACCUCUACCAUCACAACCUCCUCCUCCUCCUUCUCUACAACUAGGACCACCGUCAAUAUCGUCCUUAUCAUCAUCUUCUAUAAUUAGAACACAUCCGCAACAACCUGCAUCGCAUAAAUUAGACGAUUCAAUGAAACACAAAAAAGCCGAUCCUAAUCAAGCUUAUUGGUGGGACGUGGCUCAUGUGACGAGUCGAAUUUUCGAAGAAGAACAAAUCAUAAACAAAGAACGUCGUCUAACAUUCCGUCGUAUUGUUAAGAUAUGCGUUUAUCUUAUUUUCUUUCUUGUUGUUCUCACAUCAGCUGUCGUUAGUAAACUCAGUCUCUUUACGAUGAUCAAUGCGUAUAAAACUCUUGAACAACCAAAGAUAUACAUCGUCAGAUGGCAAGUCUUAUUACUUAUUGCAAUGAUUGUACCAUAUACUUUAACAUUUGUGCAAAGUCUUGUUCUAUCUAUUUUUCGUAUAAAACAUUCUCCGCCAUUCCUAUUAACCAUUUGGGUUCAUAUUGCUGAAACAUGUCACACAGUUGGUCUUUCUAUGCUUGUCUUUCGUAUUUUACCUUCCGUCGACAAUGUUACUGGUUUAUUCGUCUUGAACGGUGUUUGUAUUGUUCCGGCCAUACUAAAUCUUUUUACCACACGUCGUCAUCAUAAUACAAGUUUGAAAUUAAUAAUAUUCAUGUGUGAUAUUGCGUCUGUUCUCAUGCAAUUGUCUGUUUGUUUUAUUCCAUCGAUUCUUAAAACAACGGAGAAGGUUUCCAGUCAACUUCAAUGGCAAUUACCUUUGGCAUUGUUUCUUAUUUCACUUGGUUAUUGGGAAAGCUUUGUUGAAACACGUUUGCCGAACAAACAUUUCUUCAAAUGGUUUCAACGUGCCGUUCGAUUAUUACGAAAAACACGUCCAAAAGUGUAUGUUACCGCGAGUUUGUUGAAAAUUUUUGUCUUAAUCAUCACUGCGAUUGCAUUCUUACCGAAAUCAAUCGAUAAGAACUUGUAUUUGCAUAUAUUCGAUCAAGUACCGAUUGGCGAAAGAUAUAGUCGUGCUAUUCCUUUCUUUGACGAUCACAAAGAUCUUUUUCGAGCGACAAGACAAAUUUAUGCACCAUUUGUUCUCCAGAUCUUGUCCUCGUGCAUUUGUUACUAUACCGGUCGUAUAGCUUGCAAAGUUUUAAUGCAAUGCUUCGGCUUUUCAUUACCAUUAACAAUGUCAACCUUGAUUGCAUACAUCAUUUUAUUUUUUACUCAUGGAUUUACAAACAAAAAAGAUAUCAUUGUGGUCGGUCAAUUCUUUUAUUUAGAUAAACCACAAGCACUGGGUUCGAAAUUGUUGGUAAUAUCUUUGAUUGGAUUUUUGGUUCUUUGGUUAUCAAGAAUGAAAAUAACAAGUCAUGUUUGGUUCCCAACAUCUGAACGUUUGGCCAUGAUUCAUAAACUUUUUGUUCUUCCGUACUAUGAAUCUGCGAUUGUCGAACAGAACUUAUUACUGAACAAACAGCAGAAGGAUAUAAUGGAAAUGAACGAUCAAAUUGAGCCCGACUUAGCUAUGAAACGGAAAUUUCCGGUACCAAUGAUCUACGUAUGUGCAACAAUGUGGCACGAAACAACCAAUGAAAUGGUCCAACUGUUAAAAUCCAUUUUUCGACUUGAUUCUGAUCAACAUGCUCGUCGAACUGUCCAGAGAAAUUUGCGCGUGCUCGAUCCGGAUUACUAUCGAUUUGAGACGCAUGUUUUGUUCGAUGAUGCGUUUGAAGAUGAUGAACAUGGAAAUCGUGUACCGAAUCGUUAUGUUAAACAACUCGUUGCAGCUGUGAAUGUCGCUGGAGCUUAUGUUCAUGGUGUCGAAAAAGUCGUCGACGAUCCUAUUAAAAUUCCCACACCAUACGGUGGGCGUCUGGUUUGGUUAUUACCGGGAAAGAACCGUUUGAUAGUUCAUAUGAAAGAUAAAAACUUAAUUCGACAUAAAAAGCGUUGGAGUCAAGUGAUGUACAUGUAUUAUCUACUUUCAUAUAAGUUAUUACGACGAAAGAAUGGUGGACAUAACCUUUCGCCACCUGUCACCAAUUUAGACACAGAAUUUAUUGGAUUUAGUGAAUUUUUGAAGAGUUUACCACAUGAUAAGAAGAUUUCUGCUCAAAAUACAUUUGUAUUAGCUUUGGAUGGUGAUGUCGAUUUUAAACCCGAAGCGGUUCUACUAUUAGUUGAUCGAAUGCGUAAGAAUCCGAAAGUCGCAGCUGCUUGUGGUCGAAUUCAUCCUACAGGCGAUGGACCGAUUGUUUGGUAUCAACAAUUCGAAUACGCAGUUGGCCAUUGGCUCCAGAAAGCCGCUGAACAUAAACUUGGUAGCGUUCUAUGUUGUCCCGGUUGUUUUUCACUUUUUCGCGGUUCGUCAUUGAUGGAUGAUAAUGUUAUGCGACGUUAUGCAGAUAAAUCAACUGAAGCAGCACAUUACGUGCAAUAUGAUCAAGGCGAAGAUCGUUGGCUAACUACUCUCCUAUUGCAACAAGGUUAUCGAGUUGAGUAUUGUGCUGCCUCCGAUGCCUAUACGCAUGCACCGGAAACGUUUAAAGAGUUUUUUAAUCAACGUCGACGAUGGAUGCCGUCGACUAUGGCGAAUAUUAUGGAUUUAUUAAAAGACACAAAACAUACGACCUAUGUCAAUGAAAAUAUUUCCAAAUUAUACAUGUUCUAUCAAGCAGUUCUGUUCGUUUCGACAGUUUUAGGACCAGGAACUAUUUUAUUGACGAUUGCUUCGGCAUUGCGAACAGUUUUCUCUACAUUAACAAUCGCUGAAUCUUAUAUGAUAUCAAUUCUUCCAUCAAUUUUCUAUAUUAUCAUUUGCUUGAAAACCAAAGCAAGUACACAAAUUGCUAUUGGAGCUAUCAUGACUUCACUAUAUGCUCUGGUUAUGUCAAUGGUCUUGGUUGCAACAGCAGCGCAAAUAGUGAAAUCUGGUUUUCUUGAUCCGAGUGCUGUGUUUCUUCCAACUGUUGCGAUUACAUUCAUUGUCACUGGUCUUCUGCAUCCGAAGGAAAUGUUUAACUUGAUUCAUGGUUUUCUCUAUUUGAUCACUAUUCCUGGUGGUUAUCUUCUUUUAGUCACUUACGCUUUAUGUAACUUACAUGUUGUUUCAUGGGGUACGCGAGAAACAGUCGAAGUUGUGAAAAAGAAGAAGACAAAGGAUAAAACUAAUGAAAAAGAAGUCAUCGAACCAGAAGCAAAAAAGCGUCGAGCAACUGAUGUUAUCAAUAACAUGUUCUGGGGUGAUGGACGACAACAACGUGGUAUUCUUAAUCAAGCGGGCGAUGUCAUUGAACAAGUCUUUCGGCCAACAAUGAAACGACAAGAAACACUUUUACAACAAAUCAUUACGAAACUCGAUCACGAUGAUGUACAGAAACCACACUAUAAAAUUUCCGCCCAACACACAUCAUCAUCACCUAAUUCCAACUUUUUAGGUGAUGAUUCAUUGCAGAACCCCAAAGAAUCGUCAAAUAACAUUCCAAUAAUCAUUACCAGUGGCAACGAUUCCACAAGCAAUACAACUGCAUCAACAUCAAUCUUAAACAAAUCACGAAACAAUAUGAUCAACCCGUAUUGGUCAGAAUUACCAUGGCUUGGCCCGGAAUCUGUUAUUGGCUUUCUCCAUACCGAUGAGGUUACUUUCUGGCAGCAAAUCCUUCAAAAAUAUAUCGCGCCGCUUGAUAAAGACGCGGAAGAAGAACGUCGUAUUCAAAAUGACCUCAUUGGCUUACGAAACAACGCAGGUUUCGCAUUUUUUAUGCUCAACGCCAUUUGGAUCAUCUUACAAUUUCAAUGUGAAUACGUCGCAACGCAAUUUACAGAGAUCAUGAUCGACGUUGGUCGAAUCUUUGGUUUACAUGAAACAAAGGUUCAAGUUUUAGGUUUAUUAUUCAUGUUAUUCUUUGCUUCGUGUAUGGUCGUGCAAUUCUGUACAAUGAUUUUACAUCGCUGGGGAACAUUCAUUGAAAUUCUGGCAAGCACAAAAUUGUUUGAAAAACAUCGACAAUAUAAAUUAAAACCUGGUUCCGACAUUGCCGGAAUGACAAGUCAGGAAGUGGCUGAAGUUUUAAAAGAUUUAGAUAUCGAGUUAGUUGUUCCGACAUCCUCAUCUUCAACAUCCACCUUUCCCAAAGACAGUGUGACAUAUCAAAUGGAGUCAAUUAUAAAUAAAGAACCGCACUUUAUCGCUCCAGAUGAAUAUGAUGAUAAUGAAGAACAGGAUGUUUACAACGAACCACCGAUCGACUAUUUCGAUCAUCCUGUCGUACAAGAGGCGAUCGAUGAGAGUCGCCUUCGAUUGCUCUGA